AUGGCUCCCAAGUUCACUGGUGUCCUCGCUGCCCUGAUCACUCCUUUCACGGAUGAUCUCAAGCAAAUCGACGAGGGCCGCUACAAGGCCCACAUAGAAUUCCUCCUCAAUACCGGAAUUCAUGGCCUCGUUCCCGGUGGUAGCACAGGAGAGUGUGCUGUGCUCAGCGUUGCCGAGCGCAAGCAGCUCACUGAACUCACUGUGAAGUUUGCUGCAGGACGAGUUCCUGUCAUUCCCGGUGUUGGCAGCACAAACACCGAAGAAGCCGUUGAGCUUGCCGUGCACGCAGCUUCCCUCGGCGUUGAGGCUGUUAUGGUUAUUCCUCCAUACUACGACCCUGUCACCUAUGAACAACUCAAAGAAAUCCUUCUUGAGAUCCACCAGGCUUCGAAGCUUCCUAUUGUCUACUACAACAUUCCCUCUAUCAGCGGCUUGACCCUCACCCCGGAGGAAAUCGCCGGGUUGAGCUCGGUUGGAGUAUACUCGUUCAAGGAUACCUCCGGCAACGCGCCAGUCUUUACAGAGGUGGCUUUCGCGUACGACGACAAGAUUAAGGCUUGGAACGGUUGGGACACCCUCACAUUCUAUGGCCUGGCUGCUGGAAGUGAGGCUUGCAUCUGGGGUGCCGCCAAUUUUAUCCCCGAGCUCGCUGUGGCGCUUUGGAAUGCUAUCUGUGUUGAGAAUGAUAUCAAGAAGGGCAGGGAGAUCUGGAAGGUUAUCUUCCCUAUUUGCAAGUUCCUUGAGCAGCACAAUUACUCUGCUGCUGUCAAAGCUGGAAUGGAGCUCCGCGGUUACCAGACUGGAGGUCCGCGGAAGCCAUUUACUCCGUUGAAGCCAGAACACCAGGCUGAGUUCCGCCAGCUGCUUCUCAACGCCCAGGUUCCCCUCGCUUAA